AUGCCACCAAAGAAGAUCAAGAAGCAGACCAAGGCUGCAGUCCGUGUUGGUGGCGAUGAUGAUGACCACAUCUCCGUCCAGCAAGACGACGACUCUCAGCUCGUUGUAGCAGCAGCAGCAGCAGCACCUCCUCCUCCCAUCCCGUCCGAGCCAACAACGCCCAUCUCGAAAUCGUACACAUACGCCUCGCCCAUCCCAUCCGAAUGCAGCAGAGUGGACCCGUCCAACCCGGCUAUCCGCGUACCCUGUGUUCUGGGUGUCGACGAGGCCGGUCGAGGACCUGUCCUUGGUCCUUUGGUCUACGGCAUUGCUUAUUGCCCGGUCUCGUACCAGGACGAUCUCAAGCAGAUCGGGUUUGCAGACUCCAAGGCGUUGACGGCCGAACGACGUGAUACGCUGCUCUCGGCGCUGAUCGACGACAGCACACACCUGGGCUGGGCUGUGCGUGUCAUGGCGCCGCAGGACAUCUCGGCGGGGAUGCUGCGUCGGCGUCCGGUCAACCUCAACGCCCAAUCGAGUGCCGCGACCGUCUCGCUGAUUGCCGGUGUGCUGGAGAGCGGCGUCGAUGUCACUGAGAUCUAUGUGGAUACCGUGGGCGAUCCGAAGAGCUACUCGCGGUUGUUGAGCUCGCAAUUCCCCAGACACCCGCAUAUCAAGUGGACGGUGACGAGCAAAGCGGAUGCAAUCUAUCCGAUUGUCGGCGCGGCGAGUAUUGCGGCCAAGGUGACGAGGGAUCGGUGUAUUGAGGGCUGGAGGUAUGCCGAGCAGCAGCAGCCGUCACGGACUGAGGCGCAGGUGGAAAAGGCGAACGUGUUGGGCGACACGACUAACCAUCCACCGCCGUUCGAAUCAUCCGAAACCAAGAAACGCAAGGCAGAGACAGGGGAAGAGGUAGAUGGCUCCGACGUCGUGAACAGAGUCUGGGACAACCUGGGUGCAUUGGGUAGUGGAUACCCAGGCGAUCCCAACACCGUCGCUUUCCUCAAACGCACCCUCGACCCCGUCUUCGGGUGGCCAGGCAUCGUGCGUUUCAGCUGGGCUACGGCUAAAACCAUGCUCGAGGAAAAAGUUAAGCUUCCCUCUAGCUCUUCAACCACCACCACCAUUUCCCCCGUAAACAACACUGCGACAACACUAGGAGGCAAACGACUGACGCGCUCACUGUCACGCACCUCGUCCUUCACCGACGCCGCCGCCGCCUCUGCCUCCUCAACGCCAACGCUGCUAGACUCUAACACAACCGCCCCUCCCACGAGUCUAUAUGGAACGCUGUUGCCGCAAGCGUCUGUUGCCGGCGGCACGGCUCCGAGGGGCUACAAGGUGAAAUGGAUCGACGAGCCCGUUUCGAUUUCCAAGUUCUUUGGCGCCAAGAAAGCCUCCUCAGCGAUAUCUUCUCUGCCUGCAGCGGGGACGGACGUAUUCCAGCCGUCUGCUCUGCAACUCGCCAUCAACGACUGGUUGAAGCAGGAAUCGCAAUCAUCAGCAAAACCUGCGUCGGCUGCACAAGCGAAUCAAAUCCAACUCAACGUACUUAAACUCACCAAAGAUCUUGGCAUCGCUUCUGCCAACGCCUUGUUCACUCUUUAG